GCAGCUGUCUCUGCAGCUCCCGUGUUCCUUGUGUCACGUCUAAUCAAGUUAUGUUUUCAUGUCUGGUUUUUUCCAGUUCCAGACUCAAGUCUUCGUCUCUGUCUGUGUCUCAUCUCCUGUUUUAUUUUGACAGUUUGUCUUGUGUGCAGAGUGUUCACUUUCACUUCCUCUCGGUUUUGUUGUUGCAGAGAAAGGAGGAAUAAUCAGGGUGCCUGAGGAAGGGAGGAAAUGUGCACUGGUACUCAUUUGCAAUGACAGACUGAUGUGCAGAGCUGUAGGACCACAGAGGCAUAACACCAUGAAGAUAUAGGAAAGAGCUGCUGAAGCUACGUUAAGAAUGAUCAGUGAGCAGCAGAGUGGCUUCAUCCAUGAUGUUUGCUUUGAGAGUGUUGAUCAGAUGAUUGGCUGCUGAGAGAGGAGCUGUGGUACUGAAUGAGGGAGUGAGGAGUGGCAGAGAAGUCUGUGAGGGUGAACAUGCAAAGAGCAGAGGUAGUGAAGGUGGCUGAGUUUAAAUACCUGGGAUCAACCAUGCAAACAGACAGUUCAUAAGAGAGAGGAGUGGGUGGAGAGUGUCAGGGGUGAUCUGUGACAAAAGGACAGCAGCAAUAGUGAAAGAAGUGAAAGGGCAUGUUUAGAGGUGGCAGUGAGACCUGCUGGGAUGGAUGUUUGGAGACGGUGGCUCUGACACAAAGACAUGAGACCAAGCUGAAGAUGAUCACAUGUUCAGCGAGCAGCAUGGAUCAGAAAUGAGUCCAUCAGAGAGGAGAGGCUGAGAGGGUUUGGACACGUGCAGAGGAGGGAGGGGGGAUAUAUCAGACAAAGGAGGAUGAAGAUGGAGAGGAGGGAAAGAGGAAGACCUCAGAGGAGGUUCAUGGGUGUAGUGAAGGAGGACAUGCAGAGGUCUGGUGUGACAGAAGAGGAUGCUGGGAUAGGAGGCUGAUGAUCAUCUAUGUGACUCCUAAAGGGAGCAAGCAGCAGAAGAAGUUCAUCAUAUCAUGAAAAGAUUGAGAGAAUCUACAGAAACCUGUACAGCAGACUGACUGUUGGAGAUCUUCAGGUUUAGAACAACUUUAAAAUGUCUGUAGUUUUAUGGUUUAAGAGAUUUUUGUUGUUUAAUCAAAAUGUAUUUAAGCUGAUGGACAUUCCUAGCUGGGUUAAUGGUGUCAGUUUAAAAAAAUAACCCUUUGCUUUUAUUCACUUAUUCUGUGUAUCCUGUCUGUCUGUGGGCAUUUAUAUAUAAUAUGAAUUAUUUUAUUAUUGACAAAUAAUUAAAUCAUAUCACCAACAGAUGCUAUUGUAAAGUCAGCUGAGAGAGGCGGAAAGAAAAGUUAACUGCCCUCCUCCGCCGGAAAUUUACUGCGCGACACCAGGCGGAAGUAAACUAGGAAAAAGCGGAAGUAGCGUUAGCUUUUCUUCCGAGCAGAGAGUGUGUUGUGUGAGCUGAGUGUGUGAGCUGCGGCAGCAACGAUGCCUUCAGCUCAGUAUCUGAGAGAGUUUAUCAACGAGCGACUAACUGCUGCUGCUGAACAAAUAUUCUUGGAGUUUGAAAAAACGAUCGUCCAGUACGAGAAAAAGAUCGACCGUCAGCGCAGACUGCUGGAUAUCACCUGGAAACCCCAAAUCAAGCUGCACAGGACAGUUUUCUGUCCUCCAGACGUCCCACAGCAGCAGGUCUGUGAGGAGGAGGAGGAGGUUCUCCUUGAGCAACAGCUCUGGAACCAGGAGAGGAGCUCCAGUGUGGAGCAGGAGGAACCAGAACCUCCACAGAUUAAAGAGGAAGAGGAGGAACUGUGCAGCAGUCAGCAGGGAGAGCAGCUGGGACUGAAGGAGGAGACGGAUACCUUCAUGGUGACUGCUGCUGAGGAAGGAGAGCACAGACCAAACAUGGAGCAGCUCCUCUGUCACAGCUCUGCUGUAGAUCAUGGAGAAAGCAGGAACGUUGAUUCAACUAGAAAAAAAGUGUUACACAGUGUGACACAUCUUAGGAACAAAAGUCACAGUAACGGUGUAGACCCCCACAUGUCAGAGAUCCAGUGCAACACUGACACAGUGAAAAAGCUCGAAACAUGUGAUGUUUGUGGCAAAGCCUUUAAGAGAAGGUCCCGAAUGAAGGACCACUACAGGACCCACACAGGUGAGAAGCCUCAUUCUUGCAAAACGUGUGGAAAAAGCUUCACUCAGAGGAGCGCUUUGACUGUCCACAUGAGAAUCCACACAGGCGAGAGGCCGUAUCCCUGUAAGACCUGCGGGAAAAUGUUCACGUACAGUAGCAUUUUGUUGGCACACAUAAGAACUCAUACCGGUGAGAAGCCGUACCACUGUAAAAUAUGUGGGAAAGUGUUCACGUACAGCAGCCAUUUGUGGCGCCACAUGAAAAGUCACCCAGGUGAGAAGACGUAGUUUUCAAAUUUUGUUAAAGGAAACUGUGAAAGUCAGGAAAUAUUAAGUGUUUGCUGUGUACGACUGGAUCACUGGUAACUACUGCUGAAUCAGAGUGAGUGUAUGAGAGUAGAUUUUUAUGUGUAGCAGCACAGGAGAAAGAAGUAAUGCUUGUGUCAAACACAUUGAUGGUCCUCACAGAGCAGUUUUGAAAGGAGCCCAAAUGAAGAGUUUUCACUCGUACUUUGUGGGGUUGGCCUGCAGGGGGUGCUCAUGAGAAGGCAGCAGGGGAGGACUCAGCAUCUGGAUUGAUGUUUUUCUAACUAGUCUUGUACUGUUGUGUAGUUAGUGAAGUUAAUCACACCAGUAUAAUGUGAAGGCUGGGUUGCCAUGGUAACACCAGGAUACUUCACAGAUUUCGUAUGGACUUUCCCAGGGUGCAUCAGGAGCUUUUUAAUGAAAAGGUUGGAUUUUAAGUUCUGAACAAUACCUGAAGAGUUAAAUAAAAAUAAAGCCGGCCUUGGACUGAAGGAACGAACCCUGAUCCAUGUUUGUUGGAUGAGCUGAGUGGGCUUUAUCCACGACUACUCCAUCACGCUGGGUCAGGACUGGAUCGACAGCAUGUUCAGCGUCUUCGUCUGAAACUGGCUUAUCAUCAGAUUUUAAGAGCUUGAAUGAAAAUCACUGAUGACUGGAGAAUAGGGAUGGGUACCGGUAUCGGAUAAAACCUAAACGAUAGCCACCCCUACUGGAGAAUGAUAAAGUUUAAGGAGCUGAAGGAUCCGGACUGAUGUGUGAUUAUCGUUCACCUAAACGAGGGAAAUGUUUUGCCUAAACCAAACUGCAGAUUCAAGAACUGCUUGGAAACAUGUUUCAGACUGAAAGCAGCUUCAGACUUCAUGAAGAAGCUCAGAGUUUAUUACAUGAGAUGUUUCUGAAGCCGCAGUUCAAACAGCUGAACUUUUUUCUGCUGGAUGAACAGCUGUGAACUUUUACAACAGCUGGAUGUUUGUGUUUCUGUGUCAGUGACGGAGAGACGGAGGGCUGGACGUGGUGGGUGUCAGUGAGUCUGAAUUAGUGUCACCAGUGGGAAUGAGUCUCUCUGUUAAUUGUUUUCUGUGUGUGUGUGUGUGUGUGUGUGUGUGUGUGUGUGUGUGUGUGUGUGUGUGGGGGCGGUUUGGCCCGCUCGUAUCAUCCGUCUGUAUCACAUCAGCAUCACACUGUCUAAGAUGUAAUGCUGCUAUAUUUAAUAUCUGAAGUGUUUUGCUGCAGAAUCCUUUCAUAUUUGAACAAAACAUACAAAUACUUUGUUAACCUCCUUUAAUGGCAAUAAAAUAGUUAAAGAAAUAAAAUUCCUGCAUGAAUUACUGUCGAUGGAGGCCUGAUUGGGCUCCUGGUCGUCACUGUUGGGUUUUCUUCCACACAGCUGACUCCUGCUGAACGCUGCUGUGCUCUCAUUUCAUGUCUCGUUCUCUCUGAAUGCUGGAUUUCAUCUUUUAAAAUGUGCCUCAGGCUUUUGUCACACUCACAUGUUGAAGUUUCUGCCCAGCUCGAGUCUUUUCUUAUUUAAAGCACAUUAUUUAAUGUACCAUGAGAAAACUGAAGAUGUACAGCAUGGACAUAUGAAAGUCUCUGUGUAAAUAAAGUUUUUACAACGUU